UAGGCUUGGGACUUAUAUAUAUACAUAUAUGCCACAGCAGACCUAUAUUUUUAGCAGAUAGUCAUUAUAGCAACAAUAAAGUGGAUUCAAGGACCGUUACGUACACUGCAAACAAGAGUUGCCCACCCUGUGCAAAAGGUGAAUACCCGCUGACAGAUGAAACAGCAAAACAUUAUCCCUGUUUGUGUUCCAUAUGCCCAGAAUACAAGUACCCUGAUAUAGAUGGCAGGUGUAUGAAAUGUGAUUGCUGUAACAAAACCAACAUAAUUACUGGAGAGAAUAUUUGGGGUCACAAAAUAAAGGAAUGUGAUGCACAGUUCCCAGACAAAAAAUGUGACUCAGACGCGGACUAUAAAGCAACUUGUAAUGCAGAGCCAACACCUGGACCUCCAACCCCUCCAUUCUUUGUUAGAUUCCCGUGGAUGUAUGCUGUCAUAGUUGCUGCAGUGGUAGGAAUAGCAUUAUCCAUUGUGGGGCUAGUCCAGGUUUAUAGAAGAUGGAAGAAAAGUAAUGAAGAAAGUCUACUCCAUUCAGUUGAGGAGAGCGGGGAUCAAGGAGGAGGGUACUCCAAUGAAAGACCGCAAGAUGUUGCAGGAGACUCUGAUGAAAAGCCCCAAGAUGUUGCAGGAGACUCUGAUGAAAGGCCGCGAGAUGUUGCAGGAGACUCUGAUGAAAGACUGCAAGAUGUUGCAGGAGACUCCAGUGAAAGACCCCAAAAUGUUGCAGGGUACUCCAAUGAAAGACCGACAGAUAUUAGUCCAAGUGUAAAUAGUGAAGACAAUGAGACUGCCACAUUAUCUGGUGCUUUAAACUCUGAAUCAGAGCAAGCUGCAAAUAGUCUUCAUGAUGGACCAUCAGCAGAUGACACAAGUAAUGAAGACAGCAUGACAGAUGAGCUAUCUAAAUCAAAGCAAGAUAAAGGUGAUGAUCAAGUAGGAGUUCAUGAAAGCAAUGUGUGUGAAGAUGCUUACACGGUUGCAAAAGCGAAUCCAUGGCUUGAUGAAGACGAACAGCAGGAUUCUAACAGAAGUGAAAGUGUCUCUAGUCCGCCACAGCAACGCCCAGGAGGGGACUCUUUCAUCAGUGUGAAUCCAAGUUCUGAUCCUAAUCCUGAAGAUGAAUUUGUCAGAAUUGCUCAACGGCAUAAUGAGACUGACAGGUCACCAGAGGAUAGAGCAGAAUAUGAAGAAAAUGAAGAAACCUUCUACAAAUGUACUGAAGGAGGUGUGAUCAGGCAAGCAACAGGUGAUGAAUCAAGUGGCUCUUUCUUCACUAUUGUAAAAACUGGGCAACAAGAAACUGGUGCUGUCUCUCCUUCAGCUGCAACCCACCUUGAUAAUCCACCAGCUGGAGACCCAAACACUGUGCCAAUUGAUGAUGCCAGUAAUGAAGGAAUUUGGGAGGAAGGAGGGACAGAAACACGUGCUGAAGUUAGUGCCAUUACAGCAAUUGAUCAGCAAGGCUUGGUCCAGUCACAGAUAAAUGGAGAUGUUAGAAAUGAUAAUUAUGAUGAAACCUCCUGCAAAAUUCCUGUAGGAGAUGGGGCCAUUCAAGAAACAGGCAAUGAAUCCAUUACGAAACGUGGUCAACAAGAAACUGGUUCUGUUGUAAAAGGUGGACAACAAGAAACUGCCUGGAACCCUGCCCAGCAGUCAGUGGACAGUUCACCAAUUCAAACAAUGGAAGCAGAAGAACCGAUAGAGUGUUGUCAGUCUGAGACUACUAGUUGUACAGAGCGAGACUUACCUGUCAGUGUCACUGGUGUGGAAUGUGACAUGGCUGCUUCACCUAUUCAAACAGUUGAAGUAGAAGAACCGGUAGAGUGUUGUCAAUCUGAAACUGACAGUGCUACAGAGCAAGACUUGCCUGGCAGUGGUUCGGGUGUGGAAUGUGCUAUGGCUGCUUCACCUAGACGUGUAGGUGUCCAAACAGAAAAAGAACUAAAGCCCCUAUAUGAACAAGUCUACCCAAGUAGGCAGGAUGAUCAGGAAUCUGAAGUGAACUCGGAAGAAAAUGAUGUGUUGCCUGUGGAAACCCCCUCCUCAGCCUCCACUGGUGAUGAAGCUCAACAGGUAGUACAAGAAAUUAUCCAGAAUUUACUGAUAAGAGCUACAACAGAGACUAUUGAAGAGUUCCCAGGCACAAUGUCAGGACUGGUGACACAUCCAUGGCCAGCAAUUACAACAGACAGCAGAGCCAAAUUAGCCUGUCAGAUGUCAGGCCAGGCGUCAGGUGGUACAGUAAGAAUGCACCACUCUGACGCCCUGUCUCGACCUCAAGUGAAAGCCAAUGAACAUGAUCGACAAGAGCAAGUCGAAGAUCUGUCUGCUGGUGGUACAGGCGAUUGGAUGGAAAAUCUGGCUGCUUGGGGUACAGGCGGUUCCACGGGAAAUCUGUCUGCUGGUGGUACAGGCAGUUCCACGGGAAAUAUGGCUGCUGGUGGUACAGGCAGUUCCACGGGAAAUAUGGCUGCUGGUGGUACAGGCAGUUCCACGGGAAAUAUGGCUGCUGGUGGUACAGGCAGUUCCACGGGAAAUCCAGCUGCUGCCAGUUACAGGGCUGCUAAGGACCAGGUCUCAGACCAGGACAUUGUUCAGAGAUGUAGCGUGGAGGAGGAGGCAGGAGGUGGUGAUGAAUGUGCCGCUGGCGGUGCAGACCAAGUGCAAGAUGACGACAAGGUCUCAACUGAUGGCCAGUGA